AUGUCAGUAGACGAGCAGAUUGUACCAUUCAAAGGUCGUCAUAGCUUGAAGGUUUACGUGGAGAAAAAACCAAACAAAUGGGGGUACAAAAUCUGGGGUUCUGCUGGUGCAUCUGGGUACAUGCACAAGUUCUACAUACAGGGAGAUAACCUUGUUGAGGGAGAGCCAGACUUGGAUGAAGGCAUUGGGAAAUCUGGAGAAGUUGUCCUCAACUUGUGCCGUCACUUGCCUGUUGGGACACACAUCUACUUUGACAACUACUUCGCCUCCCCUGAUCUUCUUCUGGAACUGAAGAAAAGAGGGUUCAAUGCCACAUGCACAGUGCGUGCAAACAGACGCCGGAAGUGUCCAACCCUUACUAAAAAUCAGUUCAAGAAGAAAGGCAGGGGGACAUAUGACUAUAGGUCAGCUGAUGGGGUCUUGCUUUGUGCUUGGUAUGACAACAGGAUUGAAAAUGUGGCUUCAAACAAGUGUUCUGUGGCCCCUACAGUUGAGGUCCGCCGAUAUAAUAAGGCCACAAAGGAGUAUAUGUAUGUUGAGUGUCCUGCCCUCAUCAAGGCAUACAACAAAUGCAUGGGGGGCGUUGAUAAGUGUGACAUGAUGCUCUCUUUUUACCGCAUCAAAAUGAAAAGCAGAAAAUGGUACAGGCGCCUGAUCUUUCACAUGGUUGACUUGGCAAUCUCCAAUGCCUGGCAUCUGCAAAAGGCAGUGACUGGCAUCUCCUCCAGGUACUACAGGUUCAAGCUGGCCAUCGCUGAAUGCCUAGUCAAUGGUGCAGUACAACCAGAACCUAGGCGCAGGGAGGAAAUGCCUAUCAUUCCACAGGAUGUCCGCAGUGCCAAGGUGGUUCCAAACCAUGUUCGGUACGAUGGUUACCAUCAUUUGCCAAAACAAGUGGCCAAGAUUCCAAAGAAGUGCAAGCUCUGA